GUCUCCGCUUUUUUCAACUCGUGACAAUGACUGGCCGUGGUAAAGGAGGAAAAGGAUUGGGAAAAGGAGGAGCCAAGCGUCAUCGAAAAGUUCUUCGUGACAACAUCCAGGGAAUCACCAAACCAGCGAUCCGUCGUCUGGCUCGUCGUGGAGGAGUCAAGCGUAUCUCUGGUCUGAUCUACGAAGAAACCCGUGGAGUUCUCAAAGUCUUCCUUGAAAACGUCAUCCGUGACGCAGUCACCUACACCGAGCACGCCAAACGUAAGACUGUCACUGCCAUGGACGUUGUCUACGCUCUGAAACGUCAAGGCCGUACUCUUUACGGUUUUGGAGGUUAAUUUCAUCAUUCGACUCAGCAAAUACUAAACAAAACGGCCCUUUUCAGGGCCACCAAAUUUUUUUCAC